UCUCUCCCAAAUCUCGGAAUUCUAGGGUUUUUUAUUUUUAUUUUUAUUUUUAUCUUUCUCGUCCACAUGCAUUCCUCUUCAGCUGCUUUGAAGAUCGAAUCAAGACAACCCAUUUGUUUCUUCUCCUGCUGCAAUUGGAUAACCAUAUAACAUGUUCGAGUGCAACACUUUCAGAGCUCGAUGUCACAGAUGAUUUAUAUGCGUGGAGAACGUCAGAAUGGUCAUCCUUCUGAUGACGUAUCCAAAGCUGAUGCUUUUUUCGCUUCUGCUGGUCUAUGUUCUGAUGAAUAAAAGUAGUGCUAUCAGUCCUGAUGGUGAGGCACUUCUCAGCUUUAAGACUGCAAUUGUUAGUUCAGAUGGCAUUCUUCUUCUAUGGAGGCAAGAGGAUCCAGAUCCUUGCAGCUGGAAAGGCGUGACAUGUGACAGCCAAAGCAAGAGAGUGAUCCACCUGACUCUUGCUUAUCACAAAUUGAGUGGAUCUAUAUCACCUGAGAUUGGGAAGCUAAACCACUUACAGAUUCUAGAUCUUCAUGGCAACAACUUCUAUGGAACAAUUCCUUCAGAGUUGGGCAAUUGCACUAACUUACGAGUUCUAAACUUGCAGGGCAACUAUUUAAGCGGAUUAAUUUCUUGGGAGUUUGGAAACCUUUCGGAGCUUGAGAUCCUGGAUAUCUCUAGCAACUCUCUAAGUGGAUCUAUUCCUCCUUCACUUGAGAAGUUGACCAGACUUUCAACAUUCAAUGUGUCAACCAACUUUUUAGUCGGAAAGAUACCAUCUGAGGGUGCACUCGUCAAAUUUGCUAAAAAUUCCUUUGUUGGAAACCGUGACUUGUGUGGAAAGCAAAUCGGUUUGGCCUGCAAAGAUGAGCUUCAAGGACCUCCACCUUCAUCGUCAGAAAAUCAAGACGCUAAGAAAAAGUCUGGAAGGUACUCUACUAGACUACUUAUAAGUGCUUUGGCAACAGUGGGUGCUUUACUUCUGGUGGCAUUGAUGUGUUUCUGGGGCUGCUUUCUUUAUAAGAAAUUUGGGAAAAGUGACAGUAAAGGUCUUGCAAUGGAUGUCAGUGGAGGUGCAUCAAUUGUAAUGUUUCAUGGAGACUUGCCCUACUCUUCAAAAGACAUUAUUAAAAAAAUAGAGACUUUAAAUGAUGAGCAUAUUAUAGGUUCUGGGGGCUUUGGAACAGUAUACAGGCUUGCAAUGGAUGAUGGCAAUGUCUUUGCAUUGAAAAGAAUAAUGAAGACGAAUGAAGGAUUAGAUCGCUUUUUUGAAAGAGAGCUGGAGAUUCUCGGGAGCAUAAAACAUCGAUAUCUGGUGAAUUUGCGUGGAUAUUGCAAUUCACCUUCUUCAAAGUUGUUAAUCUAUGAUUUCUUAUCAGGUGGAAGCCUGGAUGAAGUACUGCAUGAAAGAUCUGAGCAGCUGAACUGGGAUGCACGUCUAAACAUUAUUGUGGGAGCUGCAAAGGGACUUGCCUACUUACACCAUGAUUGUUCACCCCGAAUAAUACACCGCGACAUAAAGUCAAGCAACAUAUUGCUUGAUGGGAAAUUGGAAGCCCGUGUAUCGGAUUUUGGACUGGCAAAGCUAUUGGAGGAUGAAGAAUCUCAUAUCACGACCAUUGUUGCUGGAACAUUUGGUUAUCUGGCUCCAGAGUACAUGCAAAGUGGCAGGGCAACAGAAAAGACCGAUGUGUAUAGUUUUGGAGUGCUGGUGCUUGAGAUAUUGAGUGGAAAGCGGCCCACUGAUUCAUCAUUCAUCGAAAAGGGUCUCAAUAUUGUUGGCUGGUUGAAUUUCUUGGUUGUAGAGAAGAGACAGAGGGAAAUCAUCAAUCCACACUGCGAGGGAGUGCAAAUAGAAAGCCUCGACGCCCUGCUUUCAAUUGCUAUUCAGUGUGUAUCUUCCAGCCCAGAGGAUCGGCCGACAAUGCAUAGGGUGGUGCAGGUACUGGAGUCUGAGGUUCUGACUCCGUGCCCAAGUGAUUUCUAUGAUUCAAGCUCAGAUUAGAUUGGAACAGACUUGCAUGUAUCUUCCAUGUGACUGCUGAUUCUCGUGAGAAGGAAGAAAAUGACACAAGCUGCAAGAGGUUGGAACUCCACGCACCAUCGCUCUGAUUCUUUCAUUCUUUUUGCAGAUUCUGAUCAUUGAAACCCCCAACUCCACUCUCAUAAUUUGUGUAAUUAAUCCAUUGGUUUACCAACUUGGGGGAUGUGAGGAUUUUCUUUCUUCCUUUCUAUUUUCCUUUUUGGAACUGCUCUGAAGUAUCCUAUGUGUACAUGUGUGUUUGUGUCAUCCACGUGUGCAUGUACAUAUGCACGCUAUUGUUUGUGAAAUUCAUUUAUUUUUCGUGUUUCUUC